AUGGUUGCCAACCUGGUCCGGACUCCCUCGCGCUCGCUCCACGAAACCGUCACAUCCGGGAAAUCCCUGCUCACCGGAUCCCAGUGUAUCGUCACCCCGACCAGAGCACAUUCCCUCCAUAACCUCAUUGGUUAUAAUCCGCUCCUAGAAUCCAUCCCCAAUCCCACCUCCAAUCCACAGCCAUCUAUACUCCCAGAAGCAUCUGCUGAAAACAACAGCAAGAUACUCGGGAACCCCUCCGCAGAGCCAGCGAUGAACACCAUACAACAAUCUGAGGUUACCCGCGAGCCGGAAGCCGGGCGAGUACAACAUGCCCCUAUGACCAUGUCAAAUGAGGAGGAGGCGGCGGCGGCGGCGGCGGCGGGUGGGUCACCAAAGACGAAAAAGAAGCGGGAGAUUCGGUUCCGAAACACCCUAGAACUGAUUCCCGACGUGGUCUUUCCAGCCACUCCUCCAGGAGGGCCGAUGUUCUCGGUGCAGAAGGAUCAAUCCGCAGCUGCUCCAACCGAGUCUUCGGGCUACCAGCAGACGAGCCAUUCUGACCUGCACGCCAUGGAUCUGAUGGGCUCUGAUCACAAGAGACGCAAGCCGGCGAAGAAGAACCUCGGCCUGUUCAACCAUCUCCGUCGGCCUCGAACGGCCGAUCACUACGGCAACGACCCGUCCUUGGGAACCGGUCGGGGCCACCACCAAGAACCCGGCCGGAGGACUCUGCAACCCUUGAUCGGUUCCUCCUCGCUUCCUCACCCUGUCAUCCAGCCCAUGGCCGCCCUUCUUCCCGGCAAGACCCGUCAUAAUAACAACCAGCAACUCGCCUUCCCUGAUGAGGAUGGGGUCAACCUCUUGAGCAGGAAACUCGCACCCAAGAUUAAUCUCACCUUCGUCGACUUGGACCAUCACAUUGGAUCCAGAUUCUCGGUCAAUACUCUACUCAAGGAAGUCCAUAAAUCGGUUCCAGAGGUCAAGUGA